UGCCCCAGGCCCUACUGUUACCAGAGCUACCUCAUAGACCAAAGGGACGGGAUUGGAACUCUGGUCCCUGGGGAAGGGCCGUCCCAUGCACCCUGUGGGUACCUGAUGGGGGCAGAGUCCAGGAGGGGGGACUCCCACAAUGUGCCCCCGGGCCCUGGAGGGCAAAAAGCCCGCUGGCCCAGAGCCCGACCUGGGGGGGGCCGAAGCUUGAGCUGGGCCGCUGCCCGGAGGCCGGCCACCUCCACUUUCCCCCGGCCUCCUCGGGUCCCCCUCACUGGAGCCCCUUUGCCAGGACAGAAGGGUGGGGUCUCCCCAGCCCAGGAUCCUGGGUGGGGGCCAAGAGCACUUCCUGUUGCUCGCUGGGCUUUGAUGUGGCCCCUGGGUUUCCUCUCACAGGAACCUGCCACACCCCCACCCUGGGCAGGCGCUGCUGGCGAUUGGUGGGGGGCUGCUUUAAAGCUCCCCCGUGGCAACAGCAGCAGCCGCCCAGCCCGUCUGCCUGUCCCGGAGCCCCUUCUCCCAACCCUCGUACCAGAGUCCAUCCGAGACCCGGUACGGGCUGUGGGGGAUGGGGAGUCGGGGGUAAGCCGCUUGAGCCGGAGGAGGCCCCCCAGGGAGCGGCCGUCUCCCCGGACCCUCAGGGUUCUUCUAAAGGCACCCAUCCUCCCGCUGUGAGGGGGGCCUGGGGCGGGGCCGGGCAGACACCGCCCCCCCCCCCAGACUCCACCAGGAGGCAGAAGAGCACAGGCCCUUUGCAUCCUUGCCAGGGUCUGACUGAGCCCAAAACCCCAGAAUUGGGCCGUCCUGGAGCUGGGGAGAGGGGAGGGGGCCGGAGGGUCCGCACCCCCAGCAGUCAGAG